CCUGAAAAAGCGGGAACGGAAAAUACAGACUUCAGUCUCUCUAACCACCUUUAUCUCCUUUCUCAUUUCUUUCCUCGUUUAUUCUCCGCCGUGAACCACCGCUACUCCGCCACCGGUAAUCUACAAAAUCUUCACUGUUUCGAGAUCCGUCCGUAUUGUUCACCAUAUUAUACAGUUAACACGUUAUAUGCAGUGUAUAGGAGAAAUAUAGGAGAUUUUUUUUAAUCAGGCAAACACGUUAUAUUCAGUGUGAGGAAUUUGCGCGGACGUAGCAAAAAACAGAGUGCGAGAAAAGUUGAUCGUAACGCGUUCUGUUAUGAGUGAUCUUUGAGAAGAAAACUGAUCUAUAUUCAUACUGAGAAAAGUGUUGAAUAUUUGAAUUUCUGUUUGUUUUAUCAAACCUUACGGUAAAGUUUGUGUCGAUUUCAACGAUUUUAAGCACUUUCGGUUCCAAAUCUGAGUUUGAUAUAAGUCCUCUGCUUUUAAUCCAUUGAAAAGUCGUGAUGAUUUGCUUCAUAUUUUGAGAAACGAGUUGUUUCGUUGGCGGUGCUCAACGUACUCUGUUUUGCAAAUUUACCAAAGCUACGGUAAAAUUUGUGUCGAUUUCAGCGAUUAUAAGUGCUUUCGGCUCCAAAUCUGAGUUUAAUAAAUAUCCUCUGCUUUUUAUCCAUUGAAAAAUCGUGAUUUACUCUUCAUUUGUUUGGUAAUUUGAGUCUGGAGAAAAGUUUAUUUUGACUAUAAAGCGCGAUGGAACAGAAGAAUAUGUUGUUGUCGGCGUUGGGUGUGGGGAUAGGAGUUGGAGUUGGGAUUGGAUUGGCUUCAGGGCAGACGGUUAGCAGAUGGACUGGUGGAUCCGCCGCCAAUGUUAUUACACCUCUGAUAAUGGAGCAAGAGAUGCUCAACCUCAUUGCUAAUGGCAAAGAUAGUAAAGUCACCUUCGAUGAGUUUCCAUACUACUUAAGUGAGCAAACAAGGGUGUUGCUGACAAGUGCUUCUUUUGUUCAUUUGACAAAUGCCGACUUUGCUAAGCAUACUCGCAACCUCUCCCCUGCUAGUCGGACAAUUUUGCUGUCAGGGCCUGCUGAACUUUAUCAACAAAUGCUUGCCAAGGCAUUGGCUCAUUACUUUAAUGCCAAGUUGUUGCUACUGGAUGUAACUGAUUUUUCGCUGAAGAUGCAAAGCAAAUACGGAGGAGCAUGCAAAGAAUAUUCUUUUAAAAGGUCUAUAUCGGAGACAACGUUGGGACGAAUGUCUGGAAUGUUUGGAUCCUUUUCCAUGCUUCAGCCUAAGGAGGAAAACAAAGGCACAUUGCGUAGACAAAGCAGUGGAGUAGAUAUUGGAUCAAAAGAUGGGUUGUUAAAAGCUACAAAUUUGCGUAGGAAUGCAUCUGCCUCGGCCAAUUUGGAUAAUUUAACUUCAUAUGGCACAUCGGGAAAUCCAGCUCCACUUACGCGCAACAGUAGCUGGUCUUUUGAUGAGAAGCUUCUUAUACAAACCUUAUACAAGGUUCUUGUCAAAGUAUCAAAAACCAGUCCCAUAGUUCUUUAUCUAAGGGAUGUCGAGAAGGUCCUUUGUAGAUCAGAAAAGAUAUAUGUGUUGUUCCAGAAAAUGCUGAAGAAAUUGUCUGGAGCUGUUCUGAUCCUUGGUUCAAGAAUUGUGGACCCUGGAAAUGAUUAUAGGGAAAUAGAUGAAAGGCUUUCCUCAAUAUUUCCCUAUAACCUUGAAAUUAAACCCCCAGAAGAUGAAACUCAUCUUGUUAGUUGGAAGUCUCAACUAGAAGAGGAUAUGAAGAUGAUCCAGUUUCAGGACAACAGAAAUCACAUAAUGGAAGUGCUUUCUGCUAAUGAUAUUGAAUGUGAAGAUCUAGGUUCAAUUUGCAUGUCAGACACGAUGGUUCUAAGUAACUAUAUAGAAGAAAUUGUGGUAUCAGCAAUCUCGUACCAUCUAAUGAACACAAAGGACCCUGAAUACAGAAAUGGGAAGCUUGUUAUUUCAUCUUCAAGCUUGUCCCGUGGAUUGGGCGUAUUUCAGGAAGGAAAAUCUUCUGGGAAGGAUACCUUAAAGCUCGAAGCACAAGCUGAAACAUCGAAGGAUGCUCAGGGCCGAGAAACUAGUAUUACAAAACCAGAAGCCAAAGCUGAAGGUAUCCUACCAGAAAGCAAAGGUGAAGCUGAAGCUCCUGCUCUACCGGUGAAGGAUGGCAACAUUUCAACCUCAACGCCUAAAGCUCCUGAAGUUCCUCCGGACAAUGAAUUUGAGAAGCGCAUAAGGCCUGAAGUUAUACCAGCAAGUGAAAUUGGUGUGACAUUUGCUGAUAUUGGUGCCUUGGAUGAACUCAAAGAAUCUCUUCAGGAAUUGGUGAUGUUGCCUCUGAGGAGGCCGGACCUAUUCAAAGGUGGACUUUUGAAGCCAUGCAGAGGAAUACUUCUAUUUGGGCCCCCCGGCACAGGGAAGACUAUGUUGGCUAAGGCCAUUGCCAGUGAAGCUGGAGCAAGUUUCAUCAAUGUCUCUAUGUCUACAAUUACUUCAAAAUGGUUUGGAGAAGAUGAGAAAAAUGUCCGUGCCUUAUUCACUCUUGCAGCUAAGGUCUCUCCCACUAUUAUAUUUGUGGACGAAGUUGAUAGCAUGCUUGGACAGAGAUCUCGAGCCGGGGAGCAUGAAGCUAUGCGGAAAAUAAAGAAUGAGUUCAUGACCCACUGGGAUGGGUUACUGACAAAAGCAGGUGAAAGAAUUCUUGUUCUUGCUGCUACCAAUAGGCCAUUUGACCUCGAUGAAGCAAUUAUUAGGCGUUUUGAAAGAAGGUAACAUCUGAUCUGCCUCUGAUGUACUUUAAUUUUCUUCGAAACUUGAAGUAGGAUGAAUAUCACUCUGUGGCAAAUCCAGCUUCCAUGAGCUUAUAAACAGUUGAGCUUAGUUAAAAACCGGAAUCAUAGAUAUUCCAGGAGCAUAUAAAU